AUGCCGUCUCCCCCAAGAAGUUAUACCUCAUUUCCAAGUCAAGCAGACUUGUUCUACUUCUGUACAACAUCGUCAACGGAUGAAGAGGACCUGAAUAUCCACUAUGCACCUCCAUCGAAGUCCUCUUUACGAGUUGGUGUUGUAGUACUCGGACAGGACCAGGUUCAACUUCUCGACCUUGCAGCACUCGACUUGCUGGCCAUGCUAGGCAGGAAUAGGAUUCAGAGAAUUGCGGCUUCAACAAAUGCCAUGGAGCAGGCCAUGGACGAGAUUGACAUCCGAUAUGUAUCGGUGACGGGAGAGGGAUCGUAUCCAGUCACCUCUGGCAGCCGAAUGCCGGUGACGAAUUCCUUCGCAAAUGCGCCUCUAUUCGACAUUCUUAUUAUACCUGGAUCCUUCUCUUCAACUGAAUUGCCGGUAUCAGCGACAUCAUUUCUCACCGCACAAUGCUGUAACCCCAAUCUCAUUGCCGUCAUGAGUAUUGCAUCCGGCAUCACGCACUUAGUACAGACCGGCAUCUUGCACAAAGUACGAGCGGCCGCACCACGCUGCCUACUCCCCGCACUCCAACAACAGUACCCGGAGACCUCAUGGCAGCAAACUUCCUGGGCUCGGCACGACAAAACCUGGAGUAGCAGCACUGCAGCCUCUUCCUUAGACAUGAUGUCUACGUGGAUGCGAGAGUACUUUUGGGACCGCAUAGAAGCGGUCGAAUGCGCGUUGGGCGCCGCCGGAAUCGCAUCGCUGGACGACUAUAUUCAUUGCGAUUACUAA